AAAGCAAUUGGAGAAACGAGUAUUUUUCUGAUUUUAUCAUCAGUUAAGAAUCGAAUCAGUUCAAUAAGAAUCGAGUUAAAAUUCACAUAAAUAUUAGGAAACGUUCCAAGGUUCGGUUUAUAAAAUAAAUAGAUUAACUAUUUUUAAGAAAACGUGGCGAAAAUAUUGUGAAUCAUAAGAAAAAGAUGAUGGAAGUAAAAACGCGGACGUGAAAUCAAAUACAACUUAUAUUUUUUGUUAUGCUAAAAAUCGUAAAUAUUACAUGAUUGAUAAAAAUUCAAAACCUCAAUUUUUGGAAAUCGAUUUUUACCAAAGCCGCCCAAAAACUUACAUAUAUACAUGCACAACUAAAAAAACUAAAAUAAAUCUUCAGGAGUAUAGUAAAAAAUUGCGAUAUAAACCAUAAGGCUGGCAACAAAACAAAAUCGACUGUAUACAAAAAUAGUUAGGGUGCAAAAAAGUGUGGAAAAAAGUGCAUAUAAAGCGAACAGGGACAAUAUAUACAACAAUGAACACAUUCAUACGUCAUCAGCCGAAAAUGCUGCGUAGCGGGCAAACUUGGAUGACAUUCACAAAAGAUGGAAGCAGAAAGUACUCCACACCGCAAUAUCUCCCCCGCUAUGCUCUGCGACGACUCAUUGGUGGGCCAGCGAAUUACCAUACAUCGUUGGGUGGCACACAAAUUGGUAUGCAAUCAAUGUUGUCCUACCGCUGGAACAAUAUCAGUGAAUCACAUUAUCACGCUGAGAGCAUUGGCACAUACUAUUCAACACGAAAAUUCCAUUUUUCGCAUCGUUUGAGUGAAAAUGCCUCUUCCAAAGUGGAAGUUACAGUUAAGACGAUGAAGGAGAAACAAAAAGAAAAAGUGGAAGAGAUCAUAAAGGAAGCAAGUGCACCAGCAAGCGCGAAAGUGGUCGGUGAGCCUGUAGAACAGAGUAAAGCAGUUGCAGCGGAGCCACCGAAAGCGGUGCUCGCAAAGAAGCCGCUACGCACGCGCAUUUGGGAGGAAUUGGUGCAUUACUAUCAUGGCUUCCGACUGCUCUUUAUCGAUAUAAAUAUUUCACGUAAACUACUGUGGCGUGUACUUAAUGGGAAAACAUUGACGCGUCGUGAGAAUAAACUACUUUUGCGCACUACCUCCGAUCUAUUCCGACUUAUACCCUUUUCGGUGUUCCUAAUUGUGCCGUUUAUGGAAUUGUUGUUGCCGUUCUUCAUACGUUUCUUCCCCGGCAUGUUACCGUCCACCUUCCAAACGGCCAAAGAUCGCGAAGAUAAACUGAAGCAAUCGUUGCAAGUGCGUCUGGAGAUGGCGAAAUUCUUGCAGAAGACACUAGACGAAAUGGCUGUGCAACAUAAAGAUCACAAGAGUGAAGAUGCCAAGCAGUUCGCUGACUUUUUCGAAAAGAUAAAGGAUCCCAAGGAACAUGUACCCAUUGAGGAGAUCAUUAAGUUCGCCAAACGUUUCGAAGACGAAAUCACCUUGGACUCUUUGUCACGCGAACAAUUGUCCGCGUUGUGUCGCGUGCUCGAACUGAACACGAUGGGCACCACCAACUUGCUACGUUUCCAAUUGCGUGUCAAAUUGCGUGCGCUUGCCGCUGAUGAUCGCGUGAUUGCGCGUGAGGGUGUCGACGCAUUAGAUCUCUUUGAAUUACAGCAGGCUUGUAAGUCACGCGGUAUGCGUGCUUACGGUCUCACGUCGGAUAAACUACGCUCACAGCUGCAGGAAUGGAUAGACUUGUCGCUGAAUGAGAAGGUGCCACCGACCUUAUUAUUAUUGUCACGUGCACUGCUCAUCUCCGAUGACACUGCGACGACGCACAAACUCGUGGAAACUAUGCGUGUGCUACCCGAAGCGGUUGCCACAAAGACGAAGGAGAAGAUUGGCGAAAGCGAAGGCAAAAUCGAUAAUAAAACCAAGAUUGAAGUGCUUAAAGAGGAAGAACGCAAAAUUAGAGAGGAGCGUGAGGAGGAACGCGAAGCAGAGAAAGCCAAAUUGGAAGAGGAGAAAGCGAAAGCAAGCGAAGAAUUGCUCAGCAAAGUACCAUUCAUUGGCGCUAGUAAUAUGACCUUGACAGAAGAACGACAACUUGCGGAAGCAAGCAAUAAUAUAACGUCGAAGGACGUGGAACUGUUAUCUGACGCACUCAAAUCAUUGUCUACCGACAAGAAGAUGAUGGUUGAGAAGGAAACGCUUAAGGAUCUCAAAGAGGAAUUGGAGGAUUACAAGGAGGAUGUUGAAGAACUGCGUGAAGUGCGCAGUGUGGUGAAGGAACCAGUGCACGAGAGUCGCGCCGCCAAAUUGCUCUUCAAGAAGGUGAAUAGCAUGAUUGGACAUUUGGACAAGGUGCUAGUCGAUUUGGAGAAGAAGCGUGAAACUCAACACAAGAAGUUAAAACCAGUCACAGACGCCAUGCCUGAAGAAAUUAUAGCCGGACCGUUACAAAGUACAGAACUCGUGGAUGAAGAUACCGUGCAUAUUGAAGAGCUGAUGAGCACUAUAAAGAAGUUGCAAAAGACGUCGGAUGAGACGCGUCUGAAACAAAUCGAAAAGGUGCUGAGUAAAAUCGAUGCUGACAAGGAUGGCAUGAUUACCGUGGAUGAAGUGCUGAAUGUCGUUGAGGCGAUUAGUCGCGAAAAUGUCAAUUUGUCAGACAAACAAAUCGAAGAACUUGUCACUUUGUUAGACAAAGAGAAUAUCAUUGAGGCGGAGGAACGUUUGGAGAAGGCUAUUGCAAAGAGCAUUAAACUGGCAGAGAAACAAAUUAAAGAUCAACAAAAACAGGUAGACGCACAGAAGGUCACAGAUGAACUUAAAGAUACUGCACCAGUGCUGAAGGAUAAUGCAAAAGAUUUAUCUGCAGAUAGUCAAAAGAAUAUUCUGAAAACAGAGGUCGCCAAUGAGAAGAAUCCCCUAUUGGAGGCUGCGGAAAAGCAAAAGGAGAAAAUCUUACCGAAAAAUGAUAUAUCCGCGCAAAUCCCACAGCAACCACUGCCCGCAACACCACCACCACCACCAACAACAACGUCCCAAGUGAAUCCAAAAGAUAAAAUGCUAUGAUUUGGCGCUGGUGAUGCUAACGAUAAACCCAAAACAUAAUUCCUCCUCUAUGAAAGUCGUCACUGAGUAGAAAAAAUUGAGAAAAAACAAAUUACCAACUUUUUGGAGAAAUUUGGGUACUCGUUGUUUGUGUAGUAAAAUUUGCGGUGCGUCGAGUGUGUGCGUGCGUGUGUAUAUAUAUUUAUAUUAAUGAAAAAUAAUGCUAAUAAUAUUUUGAGGCUGACUAAUUGCGGAAAACACACACUAAAAGAAUGUAAUGUUCCAUGAAAAAAGUGUGAAGUGAAUGAUCGUUAUUGCUGGUUGCCAGUUGAUUGGUGUUCGUGGAGUAUUGAAAAGGACAAUUUUUGAAUUAACAAUUCGCUACAGAUAUUUGUGAUUGAUUAUUAUUUUGCUGAGUUGCAUUUAAAAGCAUUUGAUAUAUGUAUAUAAAAUUGAGCGAAAGCGCGCAAUUGCUGUGGAAUAAUAAUAAUAAUAAAAAAGAUAAUUAUUUUCUUUCUUCUUAUUGUUAUUAUAAUUUCACAAUUUUUUAUAUAUACAUUAAAUGCUUUUGAAUGUUUGCUUUGCAAAAUCAAUACUCUUGGAUGAACUUAAUUUUCCUCAAAAAAAAAAACUAAAUAGAAAUAAUUCAAGAAAAAUAGUUUUCUACACCAACCGGCGAUCACGUGCUCAAAGCAACAACUACAAUUUCACAAAAAUCAUUUAAGUGAACAUGUUAAAAUUAUUUCUAUACAGUCAGUCUGCGUGCAAAAAAAAAAAUAAAAAUAAAAAUAAAAAUAAAACUCUAUCACUGAAAUUUUGUGAGGCUGUAAAUUUAUAAAGAAUAAAAAGCUACAUACAUUUAUAAUUUUGUUUAACUUUUAAUUGCAUUAUAAAAUCUCUUGAAUUGCUAGAAAAUUUAAAUAUUGUAUAAAUUUUGAUACUACCUUGUUAAGAACAUAUGUAUAUGAAAAAUGAAAGUUGGAAAAUAUAUGCAGAAUGGAAAUCAAAUCAAGGCACACACAAUGUUACAAUAACUAAAUACAUACAUACAUAUGUACAUAAAUACCAAUUAUGAAUUAAAUAGAAAAAAAUCAAGUAUGAACAGCUUAAAAACAUUUGGCGAAACAAUUAAUACUAGAUUUUUAAUUUACUAUUUAAAAUAAAAAUGUUUAAGUAAUAAAAUAUACGUGCUCUAUACACAUACAUAUAUGAUUAAAUUUGUUGUGGAAAAGUGCUAAAAGCUUAUAAUAAAAACUUUAUGAAUGCAUCUGUGUGCUUACACUGCAACGUCAACAUAUUCCAGGUGUUACUUCAAAGUAGUUUGCGUUCUGUGUAACUUUUUGUUAGUGCUAACUAAAUUUUCAUUUCUCUUAUAUAAAAUGCGCAUAAAGUGCUACUACUUGAGCUGUUUUAAGAAUGUAUGUUUUUAUUUUAAUUGCAAUUAUUUCCAAAUAAUUUAUUUAUUUUGCAAUGCAAAUUAUUUUCGGUAAAUUUCUGUUACAGUUUACUAAAUUAUAAUGCAAAAAUGUAAAA